AUGUCUUUUACAUAUAUCAACUCUAUUUUCGACCCGAACACGCUAGACCUGAAAAUAAAGAUGUCAGUAGAAGAUUGUGAAAAUGAAUUACUUGCACUGGAAUCCAUUUAUGAAGAUAAGUAUCAACUUGUACAAACUACACCUAGACGAAAAAUAAAAGUAAAUCUAAAUGGUCAGUCAGAUGAUUCACUGUCAACUAAAGUUCGAUGUCAGCUUCUUUUUGAACUUACAAGCAAUUAUCCAAAUAAACCACCUAAAUAUCAAAUACUUAAACCUGAAAAUCUUUCAGACGAAGAUAUUUCCGAUAUAAAUAUUAUAAUUAAUGAAGUAAUUGAACGAUCCCUAGGAUUUGUAAUGUUAUUUGACAUAUUAACAGAAGUUCAAGAAAAAUUAGAUAGUAUCUGUUCAAAAAUCUUAAUUCGUCAGCGUAAUGAAGCUAAAGAAAAACGAAAAGCUAUACAACUAGAAGAAGAAGCGAAAUUCCGUGGUGAUAGAGUUACAGUGGAGUCGUUUCUAGAAUGGAAUACAAAAUUCCUUGCAGAAAUGGAAUCAUUAAAAGAGAAGUCAAUAUCUGAAGAUCAAAGUGCUGUUAAACGACUAACUGGACGUGAGCUAUUUUUGAAAGAUAAUCAUUAUGACGAUUCCGAUUUGACCUUCUUGGAAACUAAUGGUGGCGAAGUUGUAGAGAUUGAUGAACAUUUAUUUGUUGACAUUGGCGAUAUAGACCUGGAUGAUGAUAAUGAUGACGAUAAUAACCAAGUAGUUCUGACGGGAACAGCCUGA